AUCACCACAAUAUGGGAUUUUAACUUAAUAAUUUGUUAUAAUCAUGACUUCUUCAAGGAGCAGCUUGAACAAAAGAACACCGUUCUUUCUUGCCAAGAUCAAUACUUUGCAGGAGGCCAAGGCUAUGACUACCCUUAUCCAAUUUCAACCUCACAAGCAAGCAGUGAUGUUUCCAAGGACAUGUGGGUUUCUCUUUGGACUCCAGAUAUCCUGGACAACAAAGGCAAUCAACAGGAGUCACAGACAUAUGGACAAUACUAUACCGAAGAUUUUGUCCAAGAAGAUGGUGGUUGGAAUGUCCAGCUCUGCUCACAACUACACAAAAACAAAGAGCUUCAAGAAACUCUGCAGCAGAAGGAAGAAGAACUUGCAAGAUUGCAUGAAGAAAACAACAAACUCAAGCAGUACCUGAAUUCAGCAUUUGUUAAAAGCUUAGAGGAGAAAGCCAAGAAGCUGCUUUUGCAAAAUAGACAUAAGGCAGAAGAUGAGUUCAAAACCAAGAAAAGAAAAUGCCAUGAUGACAACUACACUUCCAGCCAAUCAUUUGAUGAGAACUGCUUACAGAGAGCACGACGGAACCUUUUCAGGGAUUUCACGGCUUGUGAAGAAAAUCCAGAUCCACCCAUUGAUACAUGGGUGCUUCGGACUUUAGGUCUAAAAGAUGUCAAUACUAUUGAUGAGUCUUCAACAGCUAACUACAGUGCCAUUUCUUCAGAUAAUGUGACAAACUUUGAUGCUUUCAGUGUAAGAUCUGAAAAAGAUUUGGGUUAUUGCAUUGAACAAGUCCCUUCAGUUGACUAUAGCAAUGAUAGCUUGCCACAAAUGAACUAUCCCACAAAUCCCAGUAAUUCUGAAGCAAGUUGUAUUCAACAGAAUGCUGCCAUACAGUCUAACUCAGUAUCAGUGUUACCAAAUGUUCCUAGCUCAUGUUAUGGCUCAGCUUACUACGCUUCUCCCUCUUAUCCAAAUAAAACAGAAGUUGCUUUCUCCACAUCAGUCACUCACCAUCGCAAUGUAAAGACACAUACCUUUCAACAAGGCCAAGCUUUUGUUCGGAGAGAUGAAGAAGGAGGAUGGAAAUUUACUUGGGUGCCAAGGCAAUCAGACUGAAACAAGGACACAUAAUGCCAUGCACUAACACGUUUACAUCUGCACCUGCACUGCCUUCUGACACAUUCCCACAAUGCCUUGGGUGAACAGUAACCUGCUUUCCUUCAGCAAAUACUUCAGGUCAAAACUCAGGCAGUACAUGGAUAUAGCCCAGAAUAAACAGUACUGGGCAUAUAUGGGAAAUGUCUUUUUUAUCUAUGAUUUAAGUACAAUGUGAAAUAACAUAUGUGCUCUACAUCUUUUAUUUUUGGUAAAAAGUUGCGGAUUAGUGUCAGGACAGCUUAGAAUAGUAAACAGACCUAUACAGUCAAAUAUCAUUAUUUCAUUAAUUUACUUGACUUUAAAGCAUGUUACUGAAUAUUUUCUGUUUCAUGUAGCCCUAAUAUAUUUCAGGAAUUAAACCACAUUUAUGUGUGCCUUCAGGAAUUUAACUGUAACUCAACAGAUACUUCUGAAUCAAGCAUCUGGUGUUCAACCAGAAUGUAAUCUGUUUAGUGCAAUAAGCAAUAUGCCGAACUAGAAAACUGCCACAAAUUAUUUCUGUAACUUGAGGGCACAUAUAAGAAAAUCUGACAUCUUUUGUUGGAUUAAUAUGCAUUUUACACAAAAGAUUAGAUUCUCCCUUUUUCAGAAAGUUCACACAGAUAAAGACACAUAUAAACAAAUCUAUAAGUGUGUGUAUGUGUGUGCAUGUGCCAACACAUGUGCAUGUGUGUGUGAGAAUGUAUGAAGUCCCUUUGAGAAGUUCUAGAUCAUUACAUUUGAUUCCUUUGAUAUUUUAAAAUAAACUGUGAUUUGAAAAUGUGCAUCAGUUGUUGGAAAUCUCUAUAAUGCUACUAAACUGCUUUAUCAUCUGGAUUCACCUAUCUGAUCCUCUUGGUAUGUGUGUUUCUGUAUCCUACCCACCCUUUCUACUUGUACACGCUAACAUUGAGAUUGCAGUAUCCCCAACAAGUAGGACUAUGCUGAGAUACUAAAACCUUAGGCGAUGUAUAUUUUCUCUCUAAUUCAAACUUACAGUCUUGCUGUCAUGGUCCUGAAAAUAACAGUACCCAGUGUGCUUAUGUGUGAAUGUGCCUAGGAAACAACUUAGCAGGACCUUUUAUGCACAGUCUCAUCUGUACUAAGAACCUGGAAUAGGUAGUCCCAGGGAUGUAGUUCAGGAUAUUUUAUUGAAAAACUAAAAGUUCAAAUAUCAUAUUGCAUGAAAUAAACUGUUUAAGACAGAGUCUGAAAUGUAAAGUAAAACGGAUGAAUUUUGUCUCCACCAAACCAGGUGAGAUAUCAUAUUGCAUAAAAUAAACUGCUCAGAGCAACAUUUGAAAUAUAAAAGAAAACAGAUUAGUUUUACCCCCUCAAAUAAUAAAUACUGGUGUCUGCACUCUAUACCACUUAUUUCACAUUACCAACUCUGUCAAAAUAGUGAAAUAAAAAAAAUAUAAAUGUUUUUGCUAAAGCAUUGUUCACACUUAUACCACCCACUGUGGAGCUUCUCCUCCAACUUCAUAGUCACACAAUAUUGAAGUGUUUUUCUUUUAAAUAUCCACUUUGGACCUUACUCUGAAUUGUCCAACCUCAGAGCUUAUAUAUCUAGAGUUAAAGAAUGCGGGAAUGAAAAAAACACACAUUGAGGGAUAGAUGCUAUCAAAAAACGUCAGCCUCUUACAUUUAUGUCUGUCACUUAUAGUAUUAUUUGUACUUUUUGUGACUUUGUAAGUUGGGUACUUGACAGGCCAUAAUCACUGUUAUACAAGUCUUUGAAAGGUUACACAAGAAAUUAUUGUGUUCUCAAAUAAGUAUUAUACCUUAAUAAAUGUCCAGUGUGUUUAUGCAUACACGCAAAGACACACAGACACACACACACACACACAC